GUGGUUGUGUUUUGAAACUUUUCGCUAAGAUCAUCGCAGGCUCAAGCGAUGAUAAUGGCGAACGUCGAAAGUAUGGAUGUCAUCGAAAGCAUGUUGAAAUUCACCCCAGAUGUAACAACACAUUCUCAUAUUUUGAGCAUUAAAGAAAUCAAUUCAUUGAAACUUGUGCAUGAGGAUUAUGUUGUAAGAACGUGGGGACGUGUUAUUGUGCACGAUAUCCAGAGACAGCUAGCAACAUUGAUGGAUACGUCUGGAGAGAAACUGAUUGUCAGCACAGAAAAAAUAGAGCCAUUUUAUUUUGCAUUAGGUAGCUAUUACCAAUUUAUUGGAGAAAUGGUGAAAAAAGAUGAAUGCUCACUAAUUCUUGUUCCACAAGUUGUCACUUGUAUAAAUGACUUGGACAUAGAUAGCUUUAAAAAUAUGUUGAAAAUUCGACGAAACUUCAUCAAUCAAAACUCUCUGUAAAGAUAAAAUUAUCAUUGGUUAAAUAUUGUGUCAUUGGUAUUGUGAAAAUUUACCAACAACUAACAAAAUUUUGUUGUAAAUUUUAUGAUUGAAUAAUUAAAUAUUUUAUGUACAUAUAUGCUACUGUAAUUGAUAAUUCAUAUCUUAUAAAUUUUUUGUAUUUAAUCAUUAGCAAGUCUGUAGCAUGUCGAAAUAUCAUUCUUUGAUAUAUUUACACCUUAAGAACAAUGUCAACAUGAUUUCUUAUGUAAUUAUCUUGUCAAUUGUAAAUAUAGCUUGGAAACAUAAAAAAAGUUUCCUUUGAAAGAUAAA